AUGCAUACUGCCGCGCUGCGGUAUCACAAGGCAAUGUUCGCGAGGCUCAAGAACAAGCAAGCUACUGGAACUAUUUUAGGCUCGCCGCGCGGCAGUGGCCUGAACCAUCACAUUGACAGUUGGCAGGAACUGAAGAUGUGGCGCCGAAGUAAUCAUUGUAACGCUUAUGCUAUUCACAACAGUCCUGCUUUAUCUACAUACAGUGAUGAGUUCUGUUCUAACGAUGCUUCAGCGCCGACCCGAUGUAUCAUAUUGUGCUUUCAGACAUGUCGUCAAUACCGAAAAGCUGCAGCGAGUGGGGAGAUAAUGGCACAGGGCCUGAAUCCGUGGUGUAAGACUAUCUUCCGAGUCCAUUCUACGCCCUUAUGCCAUUCCGUCUUCACCAUUCUGAGGAAGUCCUUCCUAUGGACUGGUCCUUCCUACGCAAUGUCGAGUAGCUGGCAAUCAUGGCGUCGCCAGCGGUGGCUGGAUCCCUUUCGUGGCGAAGAACGUCUGGUUUUUGGACUGUGA